UUUGAAAUCGCCGAACGCCUCAUGAGCCCAUCCACAGAAGACUCCGACUCCACGGACCAAGAACCCUACCUAACACACCUGAACCAUCGUCUGCACUCACUUUUACCUUCGCAUUCUCAUGAUCGCUCCGGGGAUAUCGCGCCUGGCUCUCUGGACUCACCGCGCAUGCUCCCGAACGCUCCAUUGGAGGAAUCGUCUGUCGAGUCAUUGUUCGACAGGAUCUGUGCGUUUCUUCAUGGAGAAAAUCGCGAGAAGAGCGGGUUUGGGUACGAAGGGAAGGAGCUCGAGAUGCGGAGGCCGACGGGAUCGAGGCGCUGGUGAUCGUUGGACGAGUAGCGGUCGUUUUGAUAAAAUAGAUUAAAUGCUGACGUUGGAGAUGUGUGUAUCCCUACUGAUUCGGGAGCGGGACGUGCAUCCGGAUAAUGUGAGCCUGCUGGAUUCACUUCCGGGAUUCGGCAAUUAUUUCCAAUGAUGUAAUGUUGGUUGAUUGGUGAACUAUCUGUCGAACUCUCACCCACCCAUCCAUAUCCACUAAUCUGAUGUCAGUCAAGAAGUCUAGAAAAUCCGUC